AUGUUCGCCCAACCCUCAGGUGCAAAGUCUUCUGCUUAGAGCACUCCUUAUAAAAAACAAUACAUUCAGCCAGAACAGGAGGAAACGAUCUGUGAGGACGAAUCGCAAAUAAAUAAUAUUCUCAAAGCCCUGAAGCAAUAAUAUCUGUUAAUGGAUAAUACACUGAAUGAGAAGGAGGAAGAGAAGUCUUAAAUUUUAGAAGACGUACAAAUCUUGAAUUAGAGAUUGCAAUAACUCAAUAAGUCUAUUGCUAUCAAGAGACAAAAGUACGAAAAAUGCGAUAGAACCUUAAAAGAAGCUGAAUCAGCCUUUGCAACUAUUGCUGAUUCUACUAAGUCUCUGCUUCAGAUCGUCAAAAGCAAUAUAGGGGACAUGAGCAAAAAAUAAAAAAUUUGA